AUGGCUCUUUAUGCUAACCCCAGUGAUGUUGCAAUUAUCAAGAAUGAAAAGAAAGCUAGGGAGAAGUAUAGAAUUGCCAAGAAGCAUCUGUGUGCUAUGUUGCAACAAAAAUCAAAGUUCACUUGGCUCAAGUGUGGGGAUGAGAAUACAAAGGUGUUUUACCAGGCCGUUAGAGCUAGAAGAAGCAGGAAUAAGGUGCAUGCUAUUCACAACUGUGCUGGUGAGUGGUUGAAUUCCCAAGAGAAAGUAAACGAAGCUUUUCAUGACUUUUAUAAAGCCUUGUUCACUGAAAUGAAGUGGAUACAACCUGUUUUUGAUUUAUUGUUGAGCAAAGGUCAGAAACUCAGUAAGGAGCAUAUGAGAAUGUUGAACUGCCCCUUUAAUAAAGAUGAUGUUAGACGAGUUAUCUUCAGCAUACAAGAUGACAAAGCACCUGGUGCAGAUGCGGAUGAUGUUGCUGAAGCAGUCCUGGAUUUUUUCAAAAUUGAUCAGCUACUUAGGGUUAUAAAUGUCACUACUCUCACCCUUGUGCCAAAAGUUCAAUGCCCUGCCAAUGUGUCUGAGUUCAGGCCCAUUGUCUGUUGCUCUGUGUUAUAUAAAUGA